AGAGGCGGGGCCCAGCGUAGGAGGCGGAAGCUGAGAGGGAACUUGGGCUGUCGGGGAUCCGACUCCUCCGGAAGGGACUGUGGGAUCCUUGGCUUUGGGACUGGACCGGACCUUAGAGAUUAUCUAGCUGAGACUCCUCAUUUCACAGAUGAGGAAAUUGAGGCCCAAGGGGAAGUGACUGGCCCCAAGAUAACAGGUGAAGCAACUCUUUCACUAGCAGCAGUGGGUGGGAAACCGUUCUUCUUACCUUCUAGCCGACCGUUCCCUCUCCAGGUCUGCAUUGGGGGGAUUCUCCAAGCCCCCCUCCCAUGGGCCAGACUGCCCUGGCAGGGGGCAGUGGGACCAGCAGCACCCCAUCCCCAACCACCUCAUACCAAGAUCUGUCUUUCCCGGAGGGACUGGAGGAGCUGCUGUCAGCACCCCCUGUAGACCUGAGUGUGCAGCAGCAUCAUGGCUGGAACCCCAAGGACUGCUCAGAGAACAUUGAGGUCAAGGAAGAGGGGCUGAGCUUUGAGCGAAGGCCUGUGGCUCAGAGCACUGAUGGAGCCCGAGGCAAGAGAGGCUACUCCAGGGGCCUGCAUGCCUGGGAGAUUGGCUGGCCCCCGGAGCAGAGAGGCACCCAUGCUGUGGUCGGUGUGGCCACGGCCUUGGCUCCACUGCAGGCAGACUGUUAUUCGGCAUUGCUGGGCAGCAAUGGGGAGUCUUGGGGCUGGGACAUUGGGCGGGGCAAGUUGUAUCACCAAAGCAUGGGAAGUGGGGCUCCUAGAUACCCCACAGGGCUUAGGGAUGAGCGUCUGGAAGUCCCGGAGCGAUUGCUGGUAGUUUUGGAUAUGGAGGAAGGAACUCUGGGUUAUGCCAUUGGAGGUACCUACCUGGGGCCUGCCUUCCGCGGCCUUAAAGGAAGGACCCUCUACCCCGCUGUCAGUGCUGUAUGGGGGCAGUGCCAGGUCCGAAUCCGAUACCUGGGUGAAAGGAGAGCGGAACCUCACUCCCUUCUCCACCUGAGCCGAAUGUGCAUUCGUGACAUUUUGGGGGAAGCUCGGCUGGGUGAGGUUUCUGCCCUGCCCUUGCCCCCUGCCAUGAAACGGUACCUGCUGUACCAGUGACCCCACCUACUACAGACUUGACAAGCUGAGGGCCUCUUUUUCUUUAAGUGAUAAUGAGAGUAUUGUUAACAGCUCUGUGGUAGUUUUCAACUAGAAUUUGCCUGACAAAGAGGAGAUGUCCCUGGAUCCUUUGUCCCCCUACCCCCAUCCCACCCCCAUCUCUGAGGCCUGGUCAGAAUAAGGCAUUGGCACAAAGUUGUCAUUCACCCUUGUCAUUACCUGUUUCCCACCCCCCACCACCCCCACCCCUUACUGACUGGAGAGUAAGAUUCUUGCUUAAGUCUGAGAAACAGGAAGUAGAGGAAGGAGAAGAGGGUUGUCAGCCACCCACCCCUUAUAGGGACAGAGAACACCAAGUCACACCCUUUCCACUUCCAAACCAGCCAAUAAGAAACCAUAAACAUGAUGUGCUUCCUUCAAAUUUAUAGUAAAUGGAGAAAGGCCUGGUCCAUUGGAGGAAGGGCUGAGGAGCUGAGAACUGGUGCACACGCUCUACAUGAUGGAGUAAGGUGUAGCUUGAAGUGGAUCGUGGGGGGGAGGG